CCAAAGUUAAAUCAUUCGUUAAGCAAUUCAGACCAAACACGCGGGGAUAAGAGGAACAUGAAUCGUGAAAUUCCCCAACUGGACCGAAAAGCAGGCUAUCUCGUCCGUCAGUGAAAUCGGAUUAUCCUUUGAAGCCGGAUAACCAGGGAACGUUGCGUGCCGGACUUGGGAUCAGGAAAAAGAGCGACGUGACUGGGGAAGUGUUUUGGGGUGGAUUCGAUAUUGGUUUGCCUCGACUCCUCUUGGACAAGCGGAGACGUCGGUUUGGGAAGAUGGAACUGCCGUUGGGAAAACUGGGAUUGCUCCUGAUAGCAGGAAUUCUCUCCAUGAGCGGCAUCGAGGCGGCUCAAUCCAGACCAGCGAGGAACAGACUGAUUCCAGGUGCAAAGUGUUCCCCGGGCCCCACUGACCUGGUGUUCAUCAUCGACAGCUCCCGCAGUGUCCGACCAUUCGAAUUCGAGCAGAUGAGGAAAUUCAUCGUUGACAUGAUCGAUUUCUUGCACGUGGGGCCUGAGGCCACCAGGGUGGGGCUGGUUCAGUACUCCAGCCAGAUCCAGAACAUCUUCUCCCUCAAGACCUACCAGAACAAAGUGGACAUGAUCAAGAGCGUCAACGAGUUCAUCCCGUUGGCCCAGGGCACCAUGACAGGCCUGGCCAUCCAGUACGCUAUGAACAUUGCCUUUACCGAGGCGGAGGGAGCCCGACCGCUCAGGCAACAGAUCCCCAGGGUGGCCAUCAUCGUGACGGACGGGAGGCCCCAGGACCGUGUCACUGAGGUGGCGGCCAGGGCCCGGGAAGCCGGCAUCGAGAUCUAUGCGGUGGGUGUGCGCAGAGCGGAGAUGAGCUCCCUCAGGGCCAUGGCCUCCCCUCCGCUCGAAGAGCACGUCUUCUUGGUGGAGACCUUCGACCUGAUCGAACAGUUUGCAAAGACCUUCCAGGACAAGCUGUGUGGUCAGGACCUGUGCGCUCAGGGGAACCACGGCUGUCAGCAUGUGUGUGUGAGCUCCCCCGGCUCCUAUCACUGUGUCUGUCGUGAGGGCUUCAUCCUGAACCAGGACAAGAAGACGUGCAAAGCCAUCGAUCUUUGCUCCACUGGGGAUCAUGACUGUGAGCAGAUAUGCCUGAGCUCUCCUGGCUCCUACCGCUGCCAGUGCCGAAAGGGUUUCACCCUCAACCGUGACCAAAAGACCUGUUCCCCCAUCGACUUCUGUGCUGAUGGGACCCACGGCUGUGAGCACAUCUGCGUCAGCUCCCCCGGCUCCUACCACUGCCGCUGCCGAGCCGGCUUCACGCUCAACCAGGACAAGAAGACCUGCACCAUGGUGGAUUACUGCUCGUUCGGGAACCACAGCUGCCAACACGAGUGUGUGAACAUCCUGAGCGGCUAUUUCUGCAAGUGCCGGGAGGGCUUCGAGCUGCAGGGAGACGGGAAACGCUGCAAAGCUCUCGACGCGUGCAGCACCGUGGAGCACGGCUGUGAGUACCAGUGUGUCAGCACCCCGGGGUCUUACUUCUGCAUCUGUCCCGAGGGAAGACAACUCAACCUGGAUGGAAAGUCCUGCAACAAAUGCAGCAAAGCCAACAUUGACCUGGUCUUUGUCAUCGACGGCUCCAAGAGCGUGAGGCCGCAGAACUUUGAGCUGGUGAAGGAGUUUGUGAACAACAUCGUGGACGCGUUGGACAUCUCGUCGCGGGGGACACGGGUGGGCUUGGUGCAGUACUCUAGCCGCGUGCGGACCGAGUUCCCGCUGAGCCUGCACGCCACUCCUGCCGCCGUCAAGAAUGCGGUGAACGCCGUGGAGUACAUGGAAAAGGGCACCAUGACGGGCCUGUCCCUCAAGCACAUGGUGGAGAACAGUUUCUCGGAGGCCGAGGGAGCACGGGCCAAUGUCCCCAGGGUGGGCCUCGUCUUCACUGAUGGCCGCUCGCAAGACAGCAUCUCUGAGUGGGCCAGGAAAGCCAAAGAAGCCGGGAUCAGCAUGUAUGCCGUGGGCGUUGGCAAGGCGGUGGAGGACGAGUUGCGGGAAAUCGCUUCCGAUCCCGUGGAUCAGCACUUUUUCUACGCCUCAGACUUCAACGCCAUCGACCAGAUCGCAGAGAGUCUGAAACUCAACAUCUGUGAAGAGGAAGCCACCGGUCAGGAGACCAUUAAAGAUCCGUGUGCGUGUGAGACUCUGGUGGCCUUCCAGCACGACACCCUCUCCAUGUUAGACGGACUUUCUGAGAAACUGGCCCAAAUGACGGUGAAACUCGAAGAUUUGGAAAACAGGCUGCCAACUCAGUGACGCCGUACGUCUGGGGACUGACUCUGUGACACUAAGUGGAUCUUCCCUCUCGUUCCCGUCUCAUCGUAGCCAAGGAGGGAUUUUUCCCAAAUUGUAUCUCAAUACAGAACAUGUUGUGUUUCUGGGAUGCCUGUGUGUGUGUCUGUGUGUGUGUGUGUCUGUCUAUGUGUG